AUGAUGAACAGGUUCCGAAAGUGGCUGUACAAACCCAAGAGGUCGGACCCACAGCUGCUCGCCCAGUUCUACUAUGCGGACGAGGAGCUGAACCAGGUGGCCGCUGAGCUGGACAGUCUGGACGGGCGGAAGGACCCGCAGCGGUGCACACUGCUCGUCAGCCAGUUUCGCUCCUGUCAGGAAGCCUCCCCAGACUACGUCAGAAAGGGCGCUCGAGAACAUGUGUGGAGUGAGAGCCUGGAUUUGCUGCAGACCCUGACCGAGGACGAGCUUCACACGCUGGAAAGGAACCUCUGCAUUUCCCAAGACGUGGAGUUCCCCAUCCGUGCAGACACCCAGGUGCCCCCAGCCCUGGCACCGGCCUUCCCCUCACCCCUUCCCGCCGAGGAGCUGCUCUCAACCAAGGCCAAGAACCCGGAGGUGGAGCUGGCUUGCUCCAUGCAGUACGACGACCAGGAGCUGGAGCAGCUCAACCGCAUGGUCCACAGGGCGGGGGACGAGAUGUCAUCCCUCCUCUCCCCGCCCAGUGCCUGCCAGUCCCCAGCACGCCGGCCAGGGGUGGAGGGCAGCCCCCAUGGGGAGGCGUCCCCAGGCAGUGCACGGCUGCGGCCGGGCAGCGACGAGGAGGAAGGAAGGGUGUUCUUCAUGGAUGACGUGGAGGGGGCCGCAGAGGCCCCGGGUGGCUCGUCCGGGUGGGCGGGCAGCACCAGUGCUGACCCCCAGGAGAGAGGGCAGGGCGGGGGGCGCGGAGCGGCGGAGGAGGGGGACCUGAGCAAUAACAAUGACGUCCCUCAUGACAAGAUGUGGGCGCUGGGCCCCAACUCCUGCAGCUGCCUGGAUGGGCAGCCGCACCUGGACGGCUGGGAGGGGGGCGUGGACGCCGCGGAGACGGCCGAGAUGAUCGCCCACCGGACCGGGGGCAUGAAGCUCUCAGCCACCGUCAUCUUCAACCCCAAGUCAACGCCCGCCGUGGGCUCUGCCACGGAAGCCUCCAGGGACGGUGUCUCCCUGUCAGAGCCUGCAGCCGAGGGGACAGACGGUGGCUCCCACAAACUCAGCACCGCGGCCACCAGCUGCCUCCUUAACUCCUGCGUGUGCUGCGGGGGCUGUGGGGGCGGCAGGGAGGACGCCGCCGCCCAGAGUCUGCGGGACAAGUGUGGCCGGGGAAGUGUCAUCAGCACCUCUGACCUCGGCUCCGCCAAGGCCAGCGCCAAGGGCCCAGCCCAGAGACAGGAGGAGGCCCGGCCUGUGCCGGAGACACUGCCCUCAGAGGACGCCCCCACUUCCAAGUGCCUGACACUCACCUCGGGGCCUCAGCUGGACACAGCAGACGGGUCACCUGGAGCGGACAAUGGCAUGGCUGGACCGCAGGACAAGGGGCAGCCCUCGAAGGCCAGGGUGGAAAGUCAGCAGGGAGAGGCGGCCGAGGAGGAGCCUCAGCGCCUGUUGGGCUCCAGCAGCGGCUCCACAGACCAGGCCAGGCUGGAGACCGCCCCCUCGGCCACAAGAGAGAAGAUCCGGUCCAGGUUCCAUGGCAGCCAUGACCUCAUCCACCGCCUGUUUGUCUGCAUUUCAGGGGUGGCUGACCAGCUGCAGACAAACUAUGCCAGCGACCUGAGGAGUAUUCUCAAGACCCUUUUUGAGGUCAUGGCCACCAAGCCCGAAACAGACGACAAGGAAAAGUUAAAGAAGGUCACCCAAAGCCUGCGGAGUGCAGCCUUGGAGGACUGUGCCCUCUGCCAGGAGACCCUAUCAUCCUCUGAACUGGCAGCCAAGACCCGAGAUGGGGACUUGGAAGAUCCACCGGAGUGGGUCCCAGACGAGGCCUGCGGCUUCUGCACCGCAUGCAAAGCGCCCUUCACCGUCAUCCGCCGGAAACACCACUGCCGCAGCUGCGGGAAGAUCUUCUGCUCCCGCUGCUCCGCGCACUCGGCGCCGCUGCCGCGCUACGGGCAGGUGAAGCCCGUCCGCGUGUGCACGCACUGCUACGUGUUCCACGUCACGCCCUUCUACAGCGACAAGGCGGGCAUCUGACGCGAGCCCCGGCACCCCGCACCUGCCGGGGCCCCCGCGCACUCCCGGGGAGGAGGUGCCGCUGGCUGUGGGUCUCCACGCACCUCAACAAGCUGCUACUGCCGCCACUGGGGGGCGCCGCAGGCC